GAGAGCAGCUCGUUAAAUGAAAUGAAUCUGCUGCCUCUGAAUCCAUCAGGACACUAAGGCACUAUUUUUAUUUUUUUUUAUUUUUUAUUUUUUUAGUAGUUGCAUUUUUUUUUCUUGCAAUGUCGACGUUGGGGACGAGUUACUACGUCGAGUCGUCUGUUCUUCCCGAGCAGCAGGAGGAUAUGGCACCGAGGUUCUCCUCAGCUGCAGGGGUGGAGCAGGCGAUGCUCACCGAAUAUGGCGGACACGAGUCUUUCCCCUUGCAGGCGAAAUCUUCUAUUUUUGGUGGAUCUUGGAGUCCCAUCUCGGCCCACCCUCCGAACACAGCCACCCCGACUUACAUACAUCACCCGUACGCGAGCGGCGACGGCGAUGGCAUGUUUACGCGCUCCUGGGCGUUGGAUCCGGUGUCCGCGUCCCUGUGUUUGACGGGAUUACCUUCGACAGGCAUGCAUUACGAGAUCAAACCCGAGCCCCUGGUCGGGAGCGCCGAAUGUACAACUCUGGAGACGCACACACCUCUUUUGUCUGACAUUGGAAACGAGGCGUCCCUCGCGGAGAUUCCCUGCGAAACCACGUCCUGCGCGUCGAAAGCCGCGGAGGGGAGCCCGUCAGCAGAGGAAGUGAGGGAGGUGGAUGCAAAUGACCCAUCGUCCAACUGGCUUCACGCGAAGCCCACCCGAAAAAAGCGUUGCCCCUAUACAAAGCACCAAAUCCUCGAACUGGAAAAGGAGUUUCUGUUUAACAUGUACCUCCCCCGGGAUCGUAGAUACGAGAUAGCAAGACUCCUGAGUUUGACCGAGAGACAGGUGAAAAUCUGGUUUCAGAACCGCAGGAUGAAGAUGAAGAAAGAAAACAAAGACCGGCGGAGAGACAGUUAACUUGUUUAUU